AUAAUAAUGCCUAAGGCUAAUCUAACUGUUGGGUUUAAACAAAAUGUGUAUCAGUCAUGUAAUGAUCGCACUAGAACUAGUAUUAUUUGUCAAAUAAUUUGAGAUCACAAUAAUUGUAAACAUACAAGCCCUUUAAAAAUGAAGUUUGGCAAGACUCUUGAUAAUCUCAUGGUACCCGAGUGGCGGCAUCAGUACAUGAACUACAAUGAGCUAAAGCAGUUGAUACGGAAUGCCGUGAGCAAUGCGCCCAGUGGAGCUCGGCCAAGUAAUGAUAGUGUUAUCGGUUACUACAGGGACUUCGAGGAACUCUUCUUUACCACCUGCAGAGGUGAAUUGACCAAAGUUAAUGACUUUUUUGCCCACAAGCAGGCGGAAGCGCAUCGCAAGCUAGCCACCCUCAAUUACCAACUAGACCGUCGUCGAGCACAGCAGGAUCCUCGGGGAUCGUCGAUAUCCAGGGGCUCAGCUUCGUCAAGGACUCGCCAGACGGAGGACAAACGCAAGAUGCCGUCCAUCAAGAAGCUUCGUCUGGCCAUGAGCGAGUUUUAUCUGAGCCUGAUAAUGUUGCAGAACUAUCAGACAUUGAACAUGACAGCCUUUCGCAAAAUCUGCAAGAAGUACGACAAGAAUCUGAAAUCAGAGGCUGGCUUUAGCUGGUACGAGAGAUUCGUUCUAAAGUCGACUUUUGCCAUGACCUUGCAAUUGGACCGAAUGAUUACGGACACGGAGGACCUAUACACGGAAUACUUGGCCAAUGGAGACAGAUCCAAGGCCAUGGCCAAGCUUCGAGUGCCGCCAUUGGGCCACCGAACUCCACCGGUUCAUGUCUUCAGCGCCGGGCUCUUUCUCGGCCUCUUCUUGGUGGGAGCUGUUAUGUGUAUUAUAUCAUAUUUCUCCUUAAACUUGAGUCCAGAGCUUCGCUACACCUUUGUCAGUCUGUUUAGAGGGCCCAUUUCGGGUGUGACUUUCGGCUUCUGUCUGGCUAUUAAUAUUAAAGUGUACGAGAACGUGGGCGUCAACCACGUUUUAAUCUUCGAAGUGGAGCGCAGGAGUGCCUUGGGAGCCAUGGGGUCCUUGGAAAUAGCCAGUUUCUUUGGCUACAUGAGCACUCUCAGCAUUCUGCUCUACUUGCUCCACAAGGAGUUCUUUAUUGCGGAUCCGAACUUCAUACCGCUGGUCCAGCUGGCCGUUGUAGUUGUGCUCUUCGUGAACCCCGUUCCCAUCCUUUUCUACUCAGCCAGGAUGUGGCUACUGACCGUCAUGGGACGCGUCCUUUUGUCCCCCUUCUUCUUUGUGAACUUCGCGGACUUCUGGGUGGCGGAUCAGUGGACCUCCCUGGUGGUCAGCAUCGUGGACCACUAUUACCUGGUCCGGUUCUAUGUGCGAUACUUCCUGGAUCGGAGUGAUGCCUUCGAGUUUGAACCGGACUACGCGGUGGCAGUCAUCAAAUGUUUGCCUGCGUGGUUCAGGUUCGCUCAGAGUCUUCGAAGAUUCAGGGACAGUGAGUCCAAGUCCACGGAUUAUCUGAUCAACGCCUUAAAGUACUUUUUAUCCAUAGGGGAAGUGAUAUUUGCAACAAUACAAAUGCAAACAAUUACCCAAUAUACUGAACUAUUUGAGAGCCCCUGGACUUGGGCUUAUAUAACAAUAUGCAUUGUUUCGUCAAUUUACUCUGUGUUCUGGGAUUUGCUAAUGGACUUUGGUUUAUUUAGAGUGUGGAAGGGUGAGAACCUAUUUCUACGCGACAACUUGGUUUAUCCCAGGUGGCUGUACUACUUUGUGAUCGUGGAAAAUACCCUGCUUCGGUUCGUUUGGAUCUUGGAGUUUGUCCUGGUCUAUCAGGAUGUGUUAGCACCGUACAAUGGAAAAUCGUUGAUUUGCUUCAGCGAGAUAGUGAGGCGAUUUUUCUGGAACUUCCUGCGCCUGGAGAACGAGCAUUUGUAUAAUUGCGGGCAAUUCAGAGCCACACGGGACAUCUUCAUAACGAGGCUGGAUCCGCAAGAGGAAAGAUUUCUGCAGAGUGUAAUGGAUAAAACGGAAGAUUUGGCAAGGGAAAGAAGAGAUAAAAAGUACUUUUAAGGUGCCAUCCAUAUUCCGGUGCUACCCUUUCCUAAUAAUAUUAAAGUAUUAUUUGCUGAACAACUUAAA